AUGGAGGACGAUUCAGAAGCAAUAGAUAACUUGCGUGAGACCAUCAAGAUGAGUUUAAGUCCGCCGGCAAUGAUAACUUACGAUUCCUUGCGCUUCCUUGAAGCUACCAACGAGCAUAAACAAGAACAAGAAGAUGUCAGUGGAGAGACCCAUGACGUUAAAGUAGACGAGAGCGCGAAAGAAGAUUCUCAUGUUCGUGAUGAAUCAAAUCUUGAAGCCGAUCUUGAGAACCCUAAAGAAGAUGUAACUCUGGAGAUCACACCCAGCUACGAGCUUAUCCCCGCGGAAGAACGGUCUCUGGCCGUCGUCUCAGGAACGGUAUUGAACAACGAGUUUCGUCAGGUGAAAGUUGAAACACCAACACCAAGACCUAAGAAACUAAUUGGCUACAAAAAAGAUGUGGCGGAUUACGAAGAUGAAAGGUAUCAGAACGAUAUGAUGAUCGAGUAUCUAACGAGUGCAGUGGAGCAUUGGGAGAAAGUCAUGAUGAAAGAGAUGAGAAUAGAAGAUGUUGAAGACAAAUUCUACACUUGCAUCGAAGAGUUAGAUCGUGGAGGUAUGAUCAAGAAGCUAAAACAAAACUACCAAGAGGCUUUACCAGUGAUCUUAUAUCGGCUGAAAGAGAAGCUGACUAACCUCAUCGUUACUCACGAAACAAAGAACUCUAGAUGGAAGUGUUGA